AUGCCACAAGGGAUGGCAACUACAAAUAGUGAUCCGUCGUCUCUUACGAAUAUGAUGAAUGCAAAUCAGUUCAGUUUAUAUAAUCAUCAACUAAAUGCCUACAAAUAUUUGGUGCGUAAUCAACCUGUUCCGGAACAACACUUAAUGGCAAUCAAAAGACAACAACAACAGUAUUUCAAUCAAAUUCCUCCACAAAUACCAAAUUCGUCAAUGAUGAUGAUGAAUAAACCAGUACCACCAUCGGUUGGAAUGAAUAUGCCAGGUUCGUCGUCAUAUGGAAUGCCAGUGCCAUUGCCUAGUGGUAUGCAACAACCACCAAAACCGAUGAUGAAUGGAACCGCUAAUAUGUAUGGUAAUAAUCGCAUGUCCAAUCCAACACCACAACUUCAGCAGCCUCCUGGAGGUUACAUCCCUGGAUCGUCCGCUGCUGGUACUGUUCAUCAUCAACAAUUAGCGGGUGGUUAUUAUCCGCCUUCUGCAUCUAUGAUAUCUCCACAUCAGAAUGGUAAUAGUUCUUCUUAUUCAGCUCAGACAUCCAUAGCCACAUUACCGCAACACAAUUCAACGAAUAUUGUUCAACAAAAUGAGAAUGUUCUAGCAAAUGGUUUAGCUAUUAAUAACAAUAUACCUACAGCCGCAAUACCAUCGACGUCAAAUACUCCAUUAACAAAUAAUCAAACUCCAUCGUCUCGAAUGAAUAAUAUGCGGGUUACACUAAUACAAAAGCCGUGUGGUAUUCAGAUGCAUGAAAUUAUGCAGGAACGUGAAUUACGUAUGCAACAUCAGAUAAUUGAUCGUAUCAAUGAGUUAGAAAAACUUUUACCAACAUUAUCAUUAGACGAUUUACGAAUGAAAGCCACCAUUGAAUUAAAGGCAUUGAAACUCUUAACAUUUCAACGACAGCUUCGUACCGAAGUCACGACAUGUAUGCGUCUCGAUUCAACAUUAGAGACUGGCACAAAUCCACGUAUAUAUAAACGAACCAAACACUUUGGCGUACGUGAAGCUCGUGCAACGGAAAAAUUAGAAAAACAACAAAAACAAGAAAUUGAACGUAAACGUCGACAAAAACAUCAGGAAUAUUUGAAUGCUGUAUUGACCAUAGCCAAAGAAUUUAAAGAAUAUCAUAAAAAUGUACAAUUGAAAGUCAGUAAAUUAAGUAAAGCCGUCCAAAGUUGGUAUCAAAAUACAGAACGUGAACAAAAAAAAGAACAAGAAAAACGUGAGCGAGAACGUAUGAGACGGUUAAUGAACGAAGAUGAAGAAGGUUAUAGAAAAUUAAUUGAUGAAAAGAAGGAUAAACGUUUAGCCUACUUAUUAUCACAGACAGAUGCUUAUAUAAUUAGUUUAACAAAUCUUGUCAGAGAGCAUCAAGAUGAUAUUCGAAAGAAAAAAACCGAAAGAAAAGCAAAAGUAAAACCUGAGACAAUCAAACAAGAAUUAGGUAUGCAACCAAAUACUGCUUCUCAAUCUACGACAGCAACACUAACUGAAGAUACAGUAGAUAUACGUGUGAAAGUUGUACACACAUCAACGGGAGAAAUACGUGAAGGUCAAGAUGCACCAUUAGCAUCAGAAUUAGAUUUAUGGCUAGAACAAAAUCCUGGUUGGGAUCCAGUGCCAAGAGAAAACAGUGACGAUGAAAAUGAUGACGAAGAAGGAUCAGCAGCAACAAACGCCAAUACAAACGUGUUUCCAACUUUUGGUCCAACCACUGAGGAACAACAAAAAGGUAUUGUCGAAGAUGAAAAAGUAGUCAAAGACGUUUUAACGAAAGCCAAAGCUGCCACUGAAGACGAUGAAUAUCAUUCAGCUGGUUUACAGUCUUAUUAUGCUGUUGCGCAUAAAGUACGGGAACGUGUUCUAAAACAAUCAACGUUGUUAAUUGGUGGCCAACUGAAACCGUAUCAAAUACAAGGUUUAGAAUGGCUUGUAUCGUUGUACAAUAAUAAUUUGAAUGGUAUACUAGCUGAUGAAAUGGGUCUCGGAAAGACUAUUCAAACAAUUGGUCUAAUUACAUAUUUGAUGGAAGUGAAAAAAGUAAAUGGACCAUAUCUUAUUAUUGUACCCCUCUCUACACUUGCCAAUUGGGUAAAUGAAUUUACAAAAUGGGCUCCAGCCGUUGUGAACGUUAUAUUUAAAGGAAAUCCAGCUGUGCGAAAAGCAUUAGGUCAAUCACUUAAGACGGGAAAAUUUAACGUUUUAUUAACAACGUAUGAAUACAUCAUUAAAGAUAAAGCCAUGUUAUCUAAAUUAAAAUGGCGUUAUAUGAUUAUCGACGAGGGACACCGAAUGAAAAAUCAUCAUUGUAAAUUAACACAAAUAUUAAAUACAUUUUAUUUGGCACCACAUCGUCUUCUAUUAACGGGUACACCAUUACAAAAUAAAUUGCCAGAAUUAUGGGCAUUAUUAAAUUUUUUGUUGCCAAGCAUAUUUAAAUCAUGCACUACGUUUGAACAAUGGUUCAAUGCACCCUUUGCCACAACUGGAGAAAAAGUUGAAUUAAAUCCUGAAGAAACAUUACUUAUCAUAAGACGUUUACACAAAGUAUUGCGUCCAUUUUUACUUCGUCGACUUAAACGUGAAGUUGAAAGCCAAUUACCGGAAAAAAUUGAAUAUGUUAUUAAAUGUGAUAUGUCGGCACUUCAACGUGUUAUGUAUAAUAGUAUGCAAUCUAGUGGAAUAUUGUUGACAGAUGACAAAGAUGGAAAGCGAUAUUUUCCAUUUAGAGCUGAUUUAUACCGUACUUCGGGUAAAUUUGAACUUUUGGAUCGUAUAUUACCAAAAUUGAAAGCAACAAAUCAUAAAGUACUAUUAUUUUGUCAAAUGACAUCAUUAAUGACAAUAAUGGAAGAUUAUUUUGCAUUCAAAAAUUUUAAAUACUUACGUCUCGAUGGUCAAACAAAAUCGGAAGAACGUGGUGAUCUAUUAGCAAAAUUUAGUCAUGAAGAUUCGGAUUAUUUCAUUUUUCUUCUAUCUACACGAGCUGGAGGACUUGGUUUGAAUUUGCAAAAAGCUGACACCGUUGUUAUAUUUGAUUCCGAUUGGAAUCCCCAUCAAGAUCUUCAAGCACAAGAUCGUGCACAUCGUAUUGGUCAACAAAAUGAAGUUCGAGUAUUACGUUUGAUGACAGUUAACAGUGUUGAAGAAAAAAUUUUAGCUGCUGCACGAUAUAAAUUAAAUGUUGAUGAAAAAGUGAUACAAGCGGGCAUGUUCGAUAAUAAAUCGACAGGUAACGAACGGAAACAAUUUUUACAACAAAUAUUAACGCAAGAGAACGAAGAUGCAGAUGAAGAAGAAGAUGAAGUUCCUGAUGAUGAAACAAUAAAUCAAAUGAUAGCUAGAUCUGAAGAUGAAUAUAAUCAAUUUAAUGCAAGUUUUUAUAGUUUUUUUUAA